GGAAGACAUUGGGGCUGUCAUCUGUCCGUAGAGUCGCUACACAACUUAAUCGAAGGCGCGCGCGCCGGUACGCAACACGUUUCGCGUCAACAUAACUUAAAACGCUCGUUAUCACAGUGAUAUCAAUUAAACCCACCUAGAACACAUUUAUUGUACGCAGUGAAAUAUUCCGUGGUAUUUAUAGUGAUUUAUAUGUGGGAGAAAAGUUUACACAAAUCCGUGCCACGAGCCAUGUGACUGCAACGAAAGCGGAUAAAUAAAAGUAAUGUGGUUGGUGGCAGCAGUGGUCUCCCUGUGGGUGGUGCUCAGCACCGCGACGCUGUGCGAAGAGGCGCGUAUGCGCUGCGCUUACCGCAGUGGGUGUGGCGCGGCUCUCAACAACUACAUGAUGCUGUGCAGCGACGUGCUCUCCCAGCCCUCUGACCACUGUCCCAAGGAGUGCGAGCAUGCCCUCAUAGCCCUAACGUCUACUGAAGAGGGAAAGGAAUUAAUGAACUGCCAGUGUGAAGAUGAAUACUGCGUGGAUGCGAAACAGAAGAUCUAUGUGUGUCGGGCGCAGGUUUUGAAGGGAGCUGCCGACGCCACCGCCUCCUGCCGCUUAUCGCAGCUCAUCUGCCUGGCUGAUGCCCAGUGUGCCACGGCAUUAGGUUAUUAUAACCAGAAUUGUCGCUCAGUUUACCGUGGAAGAAAAUGCUCUAAGAAGUGCCUUAACUCUAUUGAGAUUUUGAGGAAACAAGAGAAGGCCGCCGCAUUAACAGCAUGCAGGUGCGACGGGAAUGAAGAUUAUGAUUGUCCGAGGAUGCAAAGUAAUCUGGCGAAGUUAUGCUUUCACAAACAUUUGAAAAACCAUACAAGGAGUCACGAAAGAGGGUAUGAUGAGCGACACCGGAAAACGCACCAUGAAGCGUCUGCAGCUAACAAAUCCAUUAUAUCUGUGAUUAUAAUUGCCUUAUGCCUUUUCUUCAGCUUGAACUUCAAAUCGUGACGGUGAUUUACCUCAUAGGAGCAAAAGAUGUUAGUAAACAUAUACGUCAAUGUAUAUAAGUUUGUACAGAUAGAAUUAAGUUCGCAAGGUUGCGUGUGUGUGUGUGUGUGCAGACUACUUUAAGGUGUCCUUUAUUUGAGUGUACUUGCAGUUAAUAUAGAUAUUCGAAUAAGACUUAUACGCUUUCGCCGCCCACGGGGGCUUGCGCGGGCGUCGCUAUAAAUACGGCGGCGCCGGUGGUCCGUUGACAAAUGCUAGGGUGUAUCGUCCCGACGCCAAAACUACGCCGAUUGAUCUAACGGUUGUCUUAACAUGUCGAGUAAUAAUGAACGCGCUCAUUUAACAUAUCAAAAAUUUGUUUCACGUCGUAUAAAUGACAGAGAACGAGAGGUUAAAGGAAGUGGGUGUCUCCAGCGUCUCUGUGUACGCUAAUCGCCUUUGAGUCGGAAGUGUUAUGCGGGACGCUGUGAACGUGGCGUUGUCGAAAGAGCUUUUUUUUUUAAAGUCAACUUCCUUUGACUCCUGUCAUCCGUUCGUUUUAAUGACCAAACGGAAUACAUGAAUCAUAUAUAUCCUAUAUAAUCAUGUAUACCAAUUAACCUCGGUAUUGUGUUGGGUUCAGAAAAAGUUGCAUAAGUUUAACCGUACUGAUGUUCCGACAACAUUAAUUCCUUAUUUGAAUUUAGUGUAAUUUCUCUGUCCCCAAUUGAACGUUUCCAAGUAUGAAAUUUCUUCGAAGAGCGUAUGACAGCGUGGUUUCUUCAUAAGUCUCGGACCUUGUAAUGAAGAUAUUGGAACCGGUUCGGGGCAAGGUCCCACGUGCGAUGCUCCGAUUGUUGCCGUGUAAAAUGAUACCAAACAUACAUUUUGAAUAACGUAAAAAUUUAUUAAAAAAAUAUUUCAAUUUUGAAUAUAAGAUUGGGAUUAACGAAACUAUCGAAGAUACAAAACGAGGCUUAUUAUAGAAUUUAAACAUUACGUAUUCAUAAACAAAUACAGAAAUUCGAAUUUCAAAAAAAUAUAAUUCAUACAAAUCAAAACAGUGGUCCUGAAUUUCGUAAAAAUUUCGGUAAAUAAUACAUAAUUUGUCCUCUGAUAUAAAAAUGCAUUCAAAUUCAGGAUUAAUAUUAAAGACUCAAUUUUGUACUGGAGACAUAAAAUUCCUUUACAUUUUAGUAUUCAUGCCAGCAGAAUGUAGUUUACUAAUGCUCCAACUGAACACGCGAUUGCAUUAUGCAGUGCGUUGUAUCCCAGGAAUAUGAAUGAACUUCCAUCUUGGCGAUGACAUUCAUUGCUCACACGAAUUUAUUAUACAUUUUUCCUGCAUUCAUUAUAUCAACGCAGCGAAUAUUAAAUUAUGUAUAUCAGUUGUAUGUGAGUAUAAAGUGCAUUUAUAAAAAAAUGUGCGACAUUUGGAAAUUGCACAACCAAAAAGCCUCUUGAUUUUCCUCACCUGGUGUGUAUGGAUAAGAAUUCGUUUGUCGUUGGUACUUAAAAUGUUUCAGGCGCUUUUGGGUAACAUAAUAUGUAUAUGUAUUAGGAACUUCUUCUAAGACCAGUAUAAAAUAUUUCAUAUAUAAAAUGUAUUAAUUUUAAAAUUAGCAAGCGAAUGUGUUUCUAAUAUUGUGAUUGUAUUGUGUGUUUAGAAUAUGUAUUAAUUUUUAAAAGUAUAUUAUCACGAAUUGUUCGUUAUAAUAUAAGGUACAAUUAUAAAAUCUAGCAUAAAUGGGUUUGAGUGUUGUUUGUAAUUUUAUAUUAUAUUGUAAUUUAUUUAAGCACGAACAUUUCAAUUCAGAUAUCAUUCAUUACCACCCGUAGAAUGAUAUUUUGUACUAAUGAUAAAUCUGUUACGAUGUUCUACUUGAAAGCAAGGUAUUAAAUUGUAGAUUUAAUAUUUGGAGUAGGAUUGUUGUGGAAAUAUUAUUCAGGAAAUUAUGAAUUAAUAAUUAAUUAAUUAUUAAUUGAUACUACACGAACACGAAUACUUUAACGGAAAUAAAUGGAAAUAUUUAUGUUUCUGUCUCGUUUACAACGUAACGUUUACUCGUUUGAUUCAUAUUUGAUUUGUAUUGUCUUAAACGCGUUUUAAUCUCGCAUUUCUUUUAAUUAAUAAUAAUUUUAAGGUCUUAAUUAGGAAAACUUUAUUAACCACAGUUUACCAAAGUGAGAUUACUAGAUUUAGCAAACAACUGUAAAUAUCAAUUGUAAACAAUUAUUAAUAUUGAUUAUCGUACAAAGUAUUUUAGAAUAUAGAUAUUUAUUAAUUUACUUUAAGU